AGGCAAUAAUUCCCUUUGAGGAGGGAAGAAAAAGCUAAUAUAGAGAUAAAGUUUACAGAAUAAAAUACGGAGCGCAAUCUUCGCCGGCUCCGGAGCUCAGAUCACGUAGUACCAGAACGACGACAAACAGAUACUCUUCUUUACAUUUUGUUCUCAUCACUCCGAUCGAAGCUUUCAACACUUAAAGUUUGUUGGAUUACUCUGUUUUUCUGUUUAGGGAAAAGAUGAGCUGCUUUCGCUGCUGUGAGGAAGAUGAAAUUCAGAAAGCAGCUGACAAUGGAGGCAUGUAUGCAGCAAAAAACACUUCAGGAAACAAUGGAGGUUAUCAUAAACCCGAAGCUGCACCAGCAGUUACUCAAGCUGUCAAAAUGCAACCAAUAUUAGUGCCUAGCAUACCCCUCAAUGAACUAUCGGAAGUAACAGACAACUUUGGAAAUGAUGCUUUAAUUGGAGAGGGUUCAUAUGGAAGAGUAUAUUAUGGGUUGCUUAAAAGCCGGCAGCCUGCUGCGAUCAAGAAGUUAGAUGCAAGCAAACAGCCUGAUGACGAGUUUCUAGCCCAGGUCUCCAUGGUCUCAAGGUUGAAGAACGAAAAUUUUGUUCAAUUGCUUGGUUAUUGCAUUGAUGGGAGUUCCCGCAUACUAGCAUACGAGUAUGCUUCUAAUGGAUCACUUCAUGAUAUUCUUCACGGAAGAAAAGGUGUAAAAGGAGCCCAGCCUGGUCCCGUUCUAUCAUGGGCACAACGUGUGAAAAUUGCUGUGGGGGCAGCUAGAGGACUUGAGUAUUUGCAUGAAAAGGCCGAGUCCCACAUUAUCCAUCGUGAUAUUAAGUCCAGCAAUGUACUUCUCUUUGAUAAUGAUGUUGCUAAAAUUGCUGACUUUGAUUUAUCCAAUCAAGCUCCUGAUAUGGCAGCACGUCUUCAUUCUACCCGUGUUCUUGGAACUUUUGGUUAUCAUGCUCCUGAAUAUGCUAUGACUGGUCAGUUGAAUGCCAAGAGUGAUGUAUACAGCUUUGGUGUAGUCUUGCUUGAACUCCUGACAGGGAGAAAACCUGUAGAUCCUACGCUACCACGAGGACAACAAAGUCUAGUUACUUGGGCUGCACCAAAACUGAGUGAAGAUAAAGUUAGGCAGUGUGUCGAUGGAAGGCUUGGCGGAGACUACCCCCCAAAGGCAGUAGCAAAGUUGGCAGCUGUUGCAGCCUUGUGUGUGCAAUAUGAGGCAGAUUUCCGGCCAAACAUGAGCAUCGUUGUCAAAGCCCUUCAGCAUCUAUUAAAUGCCCGACCUGUGCCUUCUGGUGAUGCAUCAAACUCGUGAGUUCUAUUCAUCAUCAAUUUGCACACAAUCAUAUAAGAAGGAAAUUGCAUCUGAAGGAAGUUAAUUAGUGAAUUGUUUGGAUAUUUUUUUCAUCACAUUUAUAUUAAUUCACGUGUUAUAAGUCAUCUAUAUUGUGGAAUCCAAUAUUAUUUAGUUGUAAGAAGUGCUAGAGAGGGAUAAUGUAUAUAGAAACUAUUGGCUCUUCUGCUCUGACUUUCCAUAUGGCGAAUCUGCAACUUCAGAAUUUGUUUAAAAGGACUAAUCAGCAACUUAAAAGCUAAGUUUUAUUCUUUUGGAUUGGA